AUUCAUUGAAAAAGAGCCGUUCGCUCGUGAACGACCCAUCACUAACCCCUACAUUCAUUAAACAAGUGGGCUGAAUUUGGACUGAAAUAACUGUUACUCAUAUCACUGAUAGCGGGUGUACGCAAUCCGCUCUUUAAUGAAUUGCCUUUAAUCAGGGAUGGACUGGAUUUAAUCCGAUCGCGCAAUAGGUUACGAGAACGAUCCAGACACAAGAGGACGCCUCAUCCCAGACUGGAAACACCAAGGAUACACAGAGGAAGCUUUGAAGAGGGAGCUCUCAAUGAAGGAGGCUUUUUUCAAAGUUACUUAAAUCCUAAUGUGGAUUACCUCUAUCUUUGUGCUGUCCUCAUAAAGAAACCAUCAGAGCCAGUCAGAAUGGUGACGCAAGAUCUAGAACUUCCUUCUCACACCCACAGAGAAUGGUCUAUUACAUUGAAUUAAACCACAACACAAAGGGCCAUAACCACCAUUUUACAGUGUAGAGCUACAACAGAACACAGGUAGAACAAAGAAUUGUUCUAAUCUAUUCUCACAAGAUCUACAACCACCCGCUCACAAACAAGUCAGAGCGACGGAGGCCCCGGUGAAGAGUACAUCAUACUGCGACCAACUUCUCUUGACUACUACCACUAGUUUGAUUCUAGUAGCCAGGUGUGGUUCUUAUUCCCGGGGUUGUCAUGGAAGCAGGCUCCACCCCCAGGAUCAAGGUGUAUAGUGCCUGGGACCCGGUGGAGGAGACAGACCAGGUGGAGGAGGAGAAGGAGGGUUCGGCUUCAGAAGACCAUAUGAUGAACCUCAAGGCCCUGGCGCAGAAGCUGAGGCUGGAAACACGGAGGCUGUCCUACAUCGAGUGGAAGGCCCGUUUAGAGGCCCAUAGCACCAAAACCCUGACUGUACCACAGCAGAGCACCAGGGACUUAGUGGAGCCAGAAGAGCAACGGGUAGUGCCCCAGAGUGAGGGCAGGUCAGACAGUGAGAGCACCAAAUGUCUGGCUGAACCACAGCUAGAGCAGGAGCUCCACGCAGAGCAACAAGAGGAGCAGGAGAAGGCCAAACGACAACCGGGGGAGCCCAGAGAGAGCCUCCUGACCUCGGGUUUGACCUGGCAGCACAACCUGCCCUCUGGAGUGCCGAGGAGAUUUAAGAACGUCGAUGAGGCUGUGGGGUGGCUCAGGAAAGAACUGAAUGAAAUGCCUCUCCAGGACCAGCAGUUGGCCCAUCAGCUGAUGCGUCUCCAUAGCGACAUCAACAAACUGAAGAUCGAGCAGACGUGUCACCAGCACCGCCGUAUGCUCAACGAUGCCACCUACGGGCUGGAGGAGAGAGAUGAGUUGAGCGACCUACUCUUUGACUCCCCCGUCACCCCCGGGUUCGGACUCUCCACCCCGCUGAGACUCAUAGGGGUCACCAAGAUGAACAUAAACUCGCGACGCUUUUCCCUCUGCUAGCAGGAGAGAGAGAGAGAGAUGUUAGCCACAUCUCUGCUAGUAGUGCCAGAUUAGGAUGGCAAUAUUCCGGAAGCUUUCCUAACAUUUUAUUUUCUUCUGAUACUGGAAAUCUACAAACCAGGAUUGUUUUCUAUGUCAGUGGGAGGAGCAUGUAGUUUGUUUUCUAUGUCAGUGGGAGGAGCAUGUAGUUUGUUUUCUAUGUCAGUGGGAGGAGCAUAUAGUUUGUUUUCUAUGUCAGUGGGAGGAGCAUAUAGUUUGUUUUCUAUGUCAGUGGGAGGAGCAUAUAGUUAGUUUACUAUGUCAGUGGGAGGAGCAUAUAUAUGGUUUCCAGAAAUCAUAUCAGAUGAUGUAAAUUCCCCCAACAAUGAAGCAGCUACAAAUCCUCCUCUUAACAUCACUGACUAUUAGAUAUGAUGGCACUUUAAAAAAAUUCUGAUCCGGUCCCAGGCCGGGGUUCCACAUUCUGAUCCGGUCCUAGGCCGGGGUUCCACUUUCUGAUCCGGUCCUAGGCCGGGGUUCCACUUUCUGAUCCGGUCCCAGGCCGGGGUUCCACUUUCUGAUCCGGUCCCAGGCCGGGGUUCCACAUUCUGAUCCGGUCCCAGGCCGAGGUUCCACAUUCUGAUCCGGUCCCAGGCCGGGGUUCCACAUUCUGAUCCGGUCUUAGGCCGGGGUUCCACAUUCUGAUCCGGUCUUAGGCCGGGGUUCCACAUUCUGAUCCGGUUCCAGGCCGGGGUUCCACAUUCUGAUCCGGUCCUAGGCCGGGGUUCCACAUUCUGAUCCGGUCCCAGGCCGGGGUUCCACAUUCUGAUCCGGUUCCAGGCCGGGGUUCCACAUUCUGAUCCGGUCCUAGGCCGGGGUUCCACUUUCUGAUCCGGUCCCAGGCCGGGGUUCCACAUUCUGAUCCGGUCCCAGGCCGGGGUUCCACUUUCUGAUCCGGUCCCAGGCCGGGGUUCCACAUUCUGAUCCGGUUCCAGGCCGGGGUUCCACAUUCUGAUCCGGUCCAGGCCGGGGUUCCACUUUCUGAUCCGGUCCCAGGCCGGGGUUCCACAUUCUGAUCCGGUCCCAGGCCGGGGUUCCACAUUCUGAUCCGGUCCCAGGCCGGGGUUCCACAUUCUGAUCCGGUUCCAGGCCGGGGUUCCACAUUCUGAUCCGGUCCCAGGCCGGGGUUCCACAUUCUGAUCCGGUCCCAGGCCGGGGUUCCACUUUCUGAUCCGGUCCCAGGCCGGGGUUCCACUUUCUGAUCCGGUCCCAGGCCGGGGUUCCACAUUCUGAUCCGGUCCCAGGCCGGGGUUCCACAUUCUGAUCCGGUCUUAGGCCGGGGUUCCACAUUCUGAUCCGGUCCCAGGCCGGGGUUCCACAUUCUGAUCCGGUCUUAGGCCGGGGUUCCACAUUCUGAUCCGGUCUCAGGCCGGGGUUCCACUUUCUGAUCCGGUCCCAGGCCGGGAUUCAACAUUCUGUUCCAGUCCUCGGCAGGGUUUCAACAUUCUGUUCCAGUCCUCGGCAGGGUUUCAACAUUCUGUUCCAGUCCUCGGCAGGGUUUCAACAUUCUGUUCCAGUCCUCGGCAGGGUUUCAACAUUCUGUUCCAGUCCUCGGCAGGGCUUGACUUUAAAAGCUAAUUUUGACGCCUGAGCCGACAUCCACAGCAUUCGUCACUCUGCACACUUGGUGGAAAUUGACUUCAGAGUGCAGUGCGUUUAGCACCAACCCUGGCCUUGUAACUACACACCUCUCGCCGUUGUAGCCGUUGUCUUCUGCUUCCAGCUCAAUGACUAACCUUUUUCCCCUCCUGAAGUGAAAUCUACAUGUCUGUUCUGUUACAUGUACAAUAAUGCCUUACUAUGGUUUCUUACAAAAAAAGUGUGUCUAUUUAACAUGGAUAGUAGCUAAGUAAUGACAAUGAAUAAAAGUAGUGAUGCCUUCUGUUAUAUUUAAAUUGUACUGUUAUGUAUAGACCAGGGGUGUCAAACAUACAGCCCACGGGUGGUUUGAGUAAAAGAAAAUGUAUACAAG